AUGAGCUGUGGAAAUGAUUUUGUGGAAGCUCUUAAGAAAAUUGGAUAUCCAAAAGCUGAUGAGCUUAAUGGGGAAGAUUUUGACUGGCUAUUCGAGUCUUCGGAAGACAGAUCGUUUCUGGAGUGGUUUUGUGGAAAUGUAAAUGAGCAGCAUGUGGUAUCUGAAAAGGAACUACAAGAUUUUGAUAAUCUUCUUGAGUCUGGUAAGCCCAUUUUGGAAGGAAACGCACUGGAUGAAAUCCUUAAAACCAUGAAGCCUGUGGAUUCAAAGGACAGUAGCCAAGAGGAGGAGGAAGAAGAGGAGGAGGAACUGAAGAAAUUAGAGGAUGAACUUCAAACUCUUCAGAGGUUAAAAAAACUCCAAAUUCAUCGACGUAAUAAGCUUCAAAUGAUGGUUUCUGCAAACAGCCAUAUGUUACAAACAUUAAAAAGCAAAGAGGAAGAAGCACGUAAAGAUUUGAAAGAAGGGCUGGAAGUGUUUACUGCAGCAAAUAAUAAGCUUAAUAGUGAACUGCUGUCUCUUCUGGAUGCAGCGAAGAAAUUUGCCUCUUUAUUCACUGCUUCAGAAUCAGGACAAGGGUCGGGUCUACAUCCAGUGUUUUUUUCCCAGCUUCCUCUGGACAAGUAUUUGGCUCAGGAAGAACAAAGCACUGCAGCACUUACCUCGUACAUAAAAAAACGUUUUUAUCAAGAUAUGUCUGAAUCGGUUGAAAAUUCACACGAGGGCAGCUUUCACCUUGCAGAUAUAAGCGAACAAGUCACUUGUGAUGAGACUAAUGAAGUUUGUGAAGAGAGUCAAGAGUUGGCCAGGCUCCAGACAGCGUAUAUUUGUGCUCAGUAUCAGCUGAUUCAGAUGCAAGCUAAAGAGGAGAGCAUGAAUUCAGCUAUAAAAUGUGCAGAGAGCAUGCUGCAGUCCUUGAACAGCAAGGAUAUUGGAAAACAAGAGAAUCUCGAUGCCAAAAUAUUUAGUUUAAGUGAUGAAAUUUUAACAAUUAAACAAGAUAUAACUCAGAUAAACAAUGAAGAGCUGCUUCCCCUUCUGAAAGAGAAUGCACGACUUCUGAGCGCGCCAGUGGUGAAAGGAUGCUUGGAUCGUCAGAUUGCUCAGCAGGACUCCUACGCUUUGAGACAGGAUGAAAUAUGCAGGCAUUUGAUAAGACAGAAAGCAUCGUUUGAACUUAUUGAGCUAGCCUGUGAAAUGGAGCUGAAGAAACAUAAGGAGAUCUGCUGUCAACUUGAGAAUUUGGUAGAAUCUCUGAAACAGAGCACUGAUGAGUUGCAACAGAGACUACAGGUGAUAGCUGAGCGAGCUCAACAUGCAAAGCCCAGAAACACUAUUAGUUCAAAGGAUGGGUUCUCCUGCAGGCUAUAUCAGCUUCUGGAAGGAGAAAAUAAAAAACCACAGUUGUUUAAAACAUACGAAAGCCUAGAGCAGAUGGCUCGGAAGUUAAAGCAGGACUGUGCUACAGUGCAAGAUCAGCUAGAAGCAUCUGCUCAAGAACAGUCUCUGCUUUUGUCCAAGUUAAAAAGCAAUGUAGAUACCCUUCACGAUGCUUUGUAUCAUGGAGGAAAUCAGAUACAACUUAGCAGUCGGGAACUUACUGAGCAGUUUCAUCAACUGGAAGUUGAUCUAAAUAAACUAAAUCAACUCCUUAUGGAUCUGAUUGCUGAUUUAAAGUCAAAGAGAAACUUUUUAGAGUCCAAUAAGCUGCUUCAGAUGGAAAGAAGUUUAUAUGUGUAUUUUUUCAAAGAUGAAGACCACUUGAAAGAGAUGGUGGAGAAGCUUGAGCAGCAGUCUGAGGCUAAAACCAGUGGUCUGGAAGAUUAG